GACAGCCAACACUGCUCUGGGUAUCUCUGUGUGUGUUGCAGCUUGUUCAAUAUGCUGGCUCCACUCCGCCAGCAGCCAUGGACAUGUCGACAAUGUCUGCAGCGCCUGCAACGCCUGCAGAGCGUGCGGAGCGUGCGGUCGGCACGCUGCUUCGAGACGGCGGCCACCAGCGCCGUCUACACUCACCCACCACCACAAUCACGCUCGAAGAAGGUCGACGAUGAGACGUUACGACGGGUCUUCGACUCGCAGCCGUUCUGGAGUGAGUUUUCGCAGCGUCCGAUCGUCAGCUCGAAGCGGAAAACUGGUCUCGUGCAGAACCAGUACCUGACCAGCCCGGACGGGUUUCGCGAGUUUGCCACUACAACACUACAGAAAUGCCAGGGGAUCGUGGCCCGAGUGCUGGCAGCGAGGACUGUGGAGGAAUACCGGGGCAUGGCGCGCGAUCUGGACCGCCUCAGCGACCUGCUGUGUCGAGUGAUUGAUCUGUCCGACUUUAUGCGGUCGAUGCACCCGGACCCGCAGAUCCAGGAAGCCGCGACGCAGGCGUACGCGCUCAUGUUCGAGUAUAUGAACGUGUUGAACACGACGACGGGGCUGCACGACCAGCUCAAGACGGCGAUCGAUAGCCCGGAGGUGGCGGCAUACUGGAGCGAGGAGGAGAAGAUCGUGGCGCAGAUCCUAAUCAAGGACUUCUCGAACUCGGCCAUCCACCUCCCACCGCAUGAACGGCAGCGGUUUGUCAACCUGUCGAAUGAUAUCAGCCAGUUGGGAUCGGAAUUCGUCCAGGGGGCCGAGACUGCCACCUCGCACGUUGGGCUCAACGCCAACGAUCUCGCGGGGCUGGACCCCAUCGUGGUGCAGAAGAUUAAGCGGUGGAACAAGAAGGCUCCUGUGCCCACGACGGGGAUGAUCCCCCGCCUGGCCCUGCGCUCUGUGCACAGCGAGCAGGCCCGUAAGCAGAUCUACCUGGCCACUCGGACCUCAAGCAGACGGCAGAUCCAUCGGCUGGAAGAGCUGCUGCGGAAACGCGCCGAGCUGGCCCAACUGUCCGGCUACCAGAGCUUCGCCCACAUGACACUCGGCGAUAAGAUGGCCAAGAGCCCCGAGGCCGUCUCCAAGUUCCUGACUUCGCUCGUCGCCAGCAACCGGGGCUCGGUGCGCGAAGAACUGGCCCGGCUCCAGCAGAUGAAGACCUCGGGGACACCGCUCCAGCCCUGGGACCACGCAUACUACGUGCACCACCAGGUGAUGAAAUACUCACAGCUGCGGCGGUCCCGCGAGCUGAGCGCCGUCCCCGAGUAUUUCUCCCUCGGUACGGUGAUGCAGGGCCUGUCGCGUCUGUUCGACCGGCUGUACGGGGUACGGCUGGUCCCGCAGGAGACGGCGCCUGGCGAGACGUGGAACAGCGACGUGCGCCGGCUGGACGUGGUGGACGAAGCCGACCGCCAUCUAGCAGUCAUCUACUGCGACCUGUUCUCGCGGCCCGACAAGAGCCCCAACCCGGCGCACUUCACGCUGCGGUGCGCGCGCGCCAUCUCCGCCGACGAGAUCGCCGAGGCCGCCGCCUCAAGCCCCAGCGCACACCCGAACGACGGGAUGGCCACAGCCGUGGACCAAGCAACCCAGACGCUGCGCCAGCUCCCCACCAUCGCGCUGGUCUGCGACUUCCAAGACCCGCCCGCCGACGGCUCGGGCCAACCCUCGCUCCUCAGCGAACACAGCGUGCGCACCCUCUUCCACGAAAUGGGCCACGCCCUGCACUCCAUCCUCGGCCAGACAUCCCUGCAGUCCAUCUCCGGCACCCGCUGCGCAACCGACUUCGCCGAGCUCCCCUCCGUGCUCAUGGAGAGCUUCGCCACCGCCCCCGAAGUCCUAGCCCUGUACGCCCGCCACUGGAAAACAGACACCCCGCUUUCAGAGUCCAUGGUUCGCAGCAUGGAGCGCGACCGCCUCGCCCACGCCUCCAUCUACGGCGCCGUCGAGGACGAGGCCCAGAUCCUCAUGGCCCUCGUCGACCAAGCAUACCACUCCCUCAACGCCGAUACUCUCUCCACCUCUGCAGAGGGGGCGAUCAACAGCACGGCAAUCUACCAUGCCGUCUCCUCGCAGCAUUCCUCUCUCCCGGAUCCAACCGAUACUUCCCCGCUUACCUCCUGGCAGGGCUUCUUCGGCCACCUCUACGGCUACGGCGGAACGUACUACAGCUAUAUCUUCGACAGGGCCAUCGCCCAUAAGAUCUGGCAGGAGGUGUUUCAGUCCGGUCGCGCGGCGACAGACCGUGCUGCGGGCGAACGCUACAGGGAUCAAGUCCUCCGUUGGGGCGGCGGGAGAGACGGCUGGCGCUGCGUCGCGGGUGUCCUGGGUGCUUCGCAUCCGAGUAAUGCUGAUGGCCGCUUGGCCGAGGGUGGCGAGGAGGCUAUGCGGGAGGUUGGUCGCUGGGGGUUGCGUGUAUAAAACAGUCUUUCUUUUACCUGACACACUGUACAACAAUAUAUCGAUAUGACUAUAUCAUAUAAUCCUACAAACACAAAACGUUGUGACUCAUGGUUUGAGUAAAUGUGGAUUGGGUAUCCAGCACUAGUAAUUACAUACAAUAGCCAUUACAAAAUAUGAAUAAACAGACAGAAGAAAAAAUUGAAUGGCGAUACCCACUCAUCACAACCCCAGCUCCGAUCGUCCGUCCUCCGAACCUAGUAACGGUGUCGAUAAGGGUGUUGUCCGGCAUGAGAAUUGACUAAACUCUGAAACAAUUCGCCUGUGCUCAUCGUGCCAAUCCGCGUUGGCAGCGCGCAGAUGCUUAAUCUGUUCCUGGAUGCUCGCCAUC